AUGUCUAAGCCAGAUGAUGUUCCGCCAAUGACUUAUCGAUUCCUGGGCCGCUCUGGUCUUCAGGUUUCGUCCAUUUCACUUGGAGGAUGGUUGACUUAUGGCGGCCAUGUAGACAGAGAGGGCACUUUCAAGUGCAUGAAGGCUGCCUAUGAUGCCGGAGUGAACUUCUUUGACUGUGCUGAGGUUUAUUCUGCCGGCGAAUCUGAGGUCGUAAUGGGUGAGGCUAUUAGGAAGUUUGGCUGGAAGCGUAAUGAUCUGGUCAUCUCCACCAAGCUCUACUGGGGAGGCGCAUUUGGCGAUAACAUUGUCAACAACAAGGGCCUGUCCAGAAAGCACAUCGUUGAGGGUACCGACGCCUCUCUGAAGCGUCUUGGGCUUGAGUAUGUCGACCUUAUUUACGCCCACAGGCCCGAUCGCCGUACUCCCAUUGAGGAGACCGUCCGUGCCUUUAACCACAUCAUCGACAAGGGCAAGGCUCUGUACUGGGGCACCUCGGAAUGGAACGCCGAUGAAAUCGCCCAGGCCUGGCGAUACGCAGACAAGCUGAACCUCAUCGGCCCUCUCAUGGAGCAGCCAGCCUACAACAUGCUGGAGCGCCAGAAAGUUGAAAGAGAGUAUGCACACCUGUACCGCGAGACCGGUCUUGGCCUUACCGUUUUCUCACCCCUUCAGAAGGGUAUCCUCACGGGCAAGUACAAGAACGGUAUUCCCGAGGGAUCACGAUUCGCGCAGACACAACUGGACUUUAUUGCCAAGUUCCACAAGAACAACCCCAAGGACAAAUGGGAUGCCAUCAUUGAGAGGGUGAACAGACUGGAGCCCAUUGCCGAGAAACUUGGAAUCAAGCUGGCGACUUUAGCAUUAGCUUGGGUGCUUUCUAACCCUAAUGUUAGCACCGCCAUCACUGGCGCCAGCAGUCCGGAACAGGUGUAUGAGAACAUCAGGGCUCUGGACGCGGUGGAGAAGAUCACGCCUGAAAUUAAGGCAGAGAUCGACGAAAUCCUGGAAAACAAGCCCCCGGCUGUCGAGUACAACUUCUAG